CCCACUUUCCUUCAUUCAUGGUCUUUUGUAUGCCUUACAAGGGAUGCGAUAAUAAUUCCCCGGAACACAAAAACUGCGGGCGGCGCUUCUAUUGAUGCCCCUCGCGAGUUUCAUACACGAGGUUCUAGAACUCUACAAGUAAACCAACGUGGCGGCAAUGUUGAAGAGGCACCAAAGUUCAGGGGCAAGACUACCAAUUGGGGACACACAGAGACCGAAAGGAGUCAACUUUUUGAAAUCCAACCGCUCCAAAUUUUUCACGAUUCCAUUCCUCCCAACAGCAAAUACCCCACGCAAAUAAAUAUCCCAUCUCCAAAUCCCUUCCCUCCCCAAUCCCCAGAUCUCAAUUUCUCCGAAAAAUCUCACCAUUUUCUCCCGUCAAUCCGACCGUCUUCUUGAUUGCUCUGUUUCUUUCUGUCCAUGUCUUCCAUGGCGAUUUCGACCCUCAAUCCAUCUAUUUCCGAUUGCUCUGCCCUCUGAUUCUUUGAUUCCCAUUAAAAAUCCGUGAAUUCCCGUUCUGGGUCCUCUCGAUUCCGACCAUGGGAGCCCAUCGGGACAGGAUUCGAUUCAACGUGGGCGGCCGAAUCUUCGAGACGACCGCCACGACCCUCGCCAACGCCGGCCGGAACUCCUACUUCGGGGCCGUCUUCGAUGACAACUGGGACCUCCGCUCCGAUGGGCCGCAGGAGAUGUUCAUCGACCGGAACCCAGAUUGCUUCGCCGUGCUCCUCGACCUUCUCCGCACCAGCGACCUCAACAUCCCCCCAAACAUCCCUGAGAAGUCCAUCUACCGGGAGGCCUCCUUCUACGGCAUCCUCGACCACGUCCGAUCCGCCAAAUGGGGGCAGCUCGACGGGAACCGCCUCUGCCUAUCCAGGUCCGUCUCGGGCCGGGCCCCGGGUGAUGGGACGGCCAUCCGCGCGGGGCACGAUGGCGGGUGCUGCGUUGCCCACGGGAGCAUCGUCCAUGUCUACGACUGGAUGAUGGAGGAGCACCCGACGCUGAACCUCGACCAUCAGAGGGUCAAUGACGUCGGGUUCAUCGACUCGGAGAACAUCGUGAUUAGCGCGUCCGAGAGGCUGGGCACGUCCGAUGGCGGGAUGGGGCUGUUCAGCUCCACGACGGGGGAGCUCCAGUACAAGUUCGAGGUGAGCCACGAGAACCGGCCAAAGGGCUUCACCGGCGGUGCGCUCUGCUUCAACUCAGACGAGUAUCGGAUAUUCUCGAGCUGCAAAGGGAGGAGCAACGAAUACGGGAUCGGAGUGUGGGACCAAAUAACGGGCAAGCAGAUCGAUUUCUUCUACGAGUCGCCCGGUUGGUCGCUCGGGGACGCGGACAAGCUCCAGUGGUUGGGAGGGUAUAAUUGUCUUUUGGUUGCGACCCUGUUCCCGCGGAAGGACAACUGUUACAUUAGCUUGCUUGAUUUUAGAGACAGGAAGAUGGUUUGGUCGUGGUCCGACAUUGGAGCCCCGCACACGGUCGACGAGAGGAGGGUCCGGGACGCGGUCGCAAUGGAGGAGUCGGCUUCCAUCUGCGUCGUGAACGAGUACGAGGACCUGGGGUUCAUGGACCUGAGAAUGGAGGGCGGAAGCAGCGUCAGGUGGAGCUCGAGGAGCCGUCUCAUGAAGGGGGCCAUGCCCGACGAGCCGUGCUACCCGAAGCUGGCAGUCCACGGGGGCCAGCUCUUCUCGUCCAUGAACGACUCCAUCUCGGUGUUCUGCGGACCCGACUGGGUCCUCACUUCCAGGCUCAGAAGGGGGUAUGGGGGGUCGAUAUGCGACUUCUCGAUCGGUGGGGACCGCCUAUUCGCGCUCCACAGUGAGGAGAACGUGUUCGACGUCUGGGAGACUCCUCCUCCACCCAUCAUAUGAUCCUCAAUUGUCACAAUUUGAUUUUUUUUUUCUUUCCACAUUUUAAUCAUCCUACUAAUGUAUAAUUAAGGUCAAGUUAGGGCAGCUAAAGGGUUUUUGGAGAUUUUUGGUUGUUUUUCAUCAAUUUCCUGUUGAUUUUUCAUGAUUUUGGGUGACAAAAUUGACAAUUCUAAUACCCAAAAAAGCUAAUCAUGUGACUUAGUGAAACAUCAACAAUUGAGUGUUGUAUAGAUUUUUAGAGGAAUUGAUUUCCCAACUACCAUAAAAUUAUAAUAUUUUCUUUAUGAUAUAAGCAUUAUACUCUUUGUUUUGU